ACGCAAUCCAGCAAAGGCGGCCAUCGCCAGAUAAGCAAGUGGCGACACUCUUUAACCCACGAAAGGCAUCUGGGCUUGCCCAGAGUCUCUCGCAAUGGACGUCACCGACGUGACACCGCAGCUCGACCGGCUCGAGGAAGGGCUGAACAAGGCGCAGGAGACGCUGCAGCCACUGCUGGGCGACAUCGGCGACAUUUCCUCCAAGCUCCCGCUCCUGGACAAAGCCAAGCUCUACGUCUUGUUGUCCUACACCAUCGAGUCGCUGCUCUUCUCGGCACUACGGCUCAAUGGGGUGGACACCAAGAACCACGCCAUCUUCACCGAGUUGACCCGCGUCAAGCAGUACAUGGAAAAGAUCCAGAAGCUGGAGACGCCACCUGCUGAGCGGGAAAAUAAGGUCAACGCCGAAGCCGCAGCCCGGUUCCUCAAGUCAGAUCUUGGCGACAACAAGGACAUCAAAGCGAAAUUGGAGGAGCUUAUUGCUAAGGAGAGAGAAAAGGCUGCCGCGAAGGCGUCUGAGAAGAAGCGCCCAGCAGAGGAAUCCGCUGCCGAGAGCAGCGCAGCUGAGGCUGGCGAGAAGCUCGUGAAGCGGCCUAAGCGCAACGGCGGCAAGAAGAAGAAAUGAGGGCUCCUUCCCGAUGAUCAUCGUACUGUCAACCACCGGGCCGCACGAGAUGGCUCUGAGCCGCGGGCCUCCACCUACUGCGAGAGAUGACGGUGGAUGAGAGGUCAUGGAGACGCCUGCUCGGUUUGACCUGGAAGCCGCUCGAGAGGCGUCGCAGUUGCUGUCCACGCGGUUGCGUUGAGCCCGCUGCAGACGCAAAGCGACCCACGCUGUACAUUCAUGGCCUGUCCAUGAAGAAGUAUUCGACCGGACUCCUCACGCCCCGGCCCCGAGUGAGGGCGGAUGGGAGGGAUACGGAGAAGCCGAGGGCAAAGGAUUCCGGCGGGUAUACCGUGCAGUUGGGGGACGCAAAGCUGCAGGCAACGGCACAAGCCCUUGCAUUGAAGUCUAUUCUCUUAAAGAAAGAAUAUUUCGUUUCCGAUGACGCUGUUCUUC